AUGCAGCAGCAGCACCAGGUGGCGCUCAAGAUCGCCUUCAACGGGGACAUCCACCGCACGCGCGUGGACCUGCGCGGCUUCUCGCUGGCGGAGCUGACGCAGCUCAUGGCGCAGACCUUCCGCCUGCCCGUGGGCGACUUCCUCGUGCAGUACCGCGACCCGGAGGGCGACUGCGUCAACGUGACGACGGACGCCGAGUUCCAGGAGGCCGUGCGCGUCUUCCUGGGCGCGCGCGAGCCCGUGCAGUCGCUCAAGUUCGCGGCCGUCACGCGGCGCCAGGCCGAGUUUCAGGAGCAGGUGGCGGACCCCCUCGUCAAGUCCGUGGAGCAGCUCAUGCAGGCGCUGGCCGUGACGCUCGAGAAGCUCAAGAGCGACGCGCAGUUCGCCUCGAGCCCCGCGCCCAACACGAGCGUCUCGCUGGACCAGGUGGCGCGCGACCACGCCGAGUCGCCCAAGGCGGCGGCUGGCGGCUUCUCCAGCUUCGCCCAGGGCCUCGUGGGCCAGAUCAACCGUUUCAUCCCGGAGAAGAAGGCGGGCGAGGCCACGGCGGCCCCCGUGCCUGUGGCCACCGCGCCCGUGGAGGCGGAGCACAAGCCUGAGGCGCCUCAGCAGCAGCAGCCGUCGGCGGUGGUGACGCCCCCACCCGCGCCCGUGGUGGAGGAGGCGCCGCCCGCCCAGGAGACGACCGAGGAGACGCCGUCCAUCGCGUCCUCCGUGGCCUUCUCCGAGGCGGAGGUCAAGUGGGCCGAGCAGCUCUCGGUCGUGAGCGGCAUCUUCCCGAACGCCAACCCGGCGCGCGUCAUUGACAUUUUGGAGAAGAGCGACGGCAACCUCAACGUCGUGCUCAACGUGCUGACCGAGGAGAACUAA